GAUCGAUUGUACAGCAUCAGCCCCCCAAACCGCCAGGAUGUCUGCUCUCACGUCAAGAUCUAGUGCCCUCCUGCGCACUUGCGCACGGCAGCGGCUGGCUCCCAUUGCCGCCACCUCAAUGGCUGCGCAGAGACGUGGUAAAGCCGACCAGGCGACGUCCUCUUUCGACAGCCCCUUCCGCGGCGAGACUUCUUCCACCAAGAUCCCCAGCUUUGCCAGCUACAAGAGCAGCAAGGGCGAGACCUCCAACAAGGUCUUCCAGUACUUCAUGGUCGGCACCAUGGGCAUGUUGACUGGUGUUGGAGCCAAGGCCACCGUUCAGGACUUCCUUGUCAACAUGUCUGCCUCUGCCGAUGUCCUGGCCCAGGCCAAGGUCGAGCUCGACCUCAGCGCUAUCCCCGAGGGCAAGAACGUCAUUAUCAAGUGGCGUGGAAAGCCCGUUUUCAUCCGUCACCGUACCGCCGAUGAGAUCAAGGAGGCCGAGGAUGCCAAGUGGGAGUCUUUCCGUGACCCCCAGCCCGACUCCGCCCGUGCGAAGAAGCCUGAGUGGCUCGUCAUGCUUGGUGUCUGCACUCACUUGGGUUGUGUCCCCAUCGGUGAGGCUGGUGACUUCGGUGGUUGGUUCUGCCCUUGUCACGGUUCCCACUACGACAUUUCUGGCCGUGUCCGCAAGGGUCCCGCCCCCUUGAACUUGGAGAUCCCCGAGUACGACUUCCCCUCGGAGACCUCCAUCGUCAUCGGUUAAAGCAAUCCUCGUCCCAGAAAUUUUCUUUGGUUUAUUUUUUCUCUAGAAAGGUGACAUUAGGUCCUGGUUUCCAGCUGUACAAGAAGAGGACCCUGGAUGGGGAGGCCGAUAUCCAAGCCACUGCCGCCUAUCAAUUGUCCAAGUGUUGAGUAGUUCGCUGUAGAUUUGUACCAUAGCCU